UUCCAACACUGGAACAAGUUGCUCAGAGAAGUUGUGGAAUCUCUGUCCUUGGACAUACUUCAAACCUAACUAAACACAGUUCUGGACAACCCAUUCUAGGUGACCUCGUGCUGAGGAAGCAAGGUUGGACUAGAGGCUUCCUGAGGUCCUUUCCAACCUCAAUUAUUAUGUGAAUCCAUGAAAAAGUAUACAUACAUACAAUUUUUAAAGGAUCUAUGAGAGAGAUUAAGUGAAAGUUGGCUUUGUUGAUUAUAAGGGUUACAUGUCACAGUUCAACGGUUACAGAAAUAACUACAUAGGUGAAUGCCAGACAUACAUUACAGAACAAAAAGGGUUUAUGACAGUUAAGAGUUUUAAUUAUUAGCAUUUAUUUGCAUAACUUCACAUGUGAUCACUUUGCAGUUAUACAAUGAGAAGGCAUUUAAAAUACUAUUUAUAUGUAAUUGUGGAGUACAGAACUGGUUUUGUUCCCCCUAAAAAUCCCCUAAUUUUUUUUGCACAAUCCCACAAUCCCCCUCAAAAAAAUCUCAUAAACUUACUCUUUCCUAUAAGACCCAUUGUGGUAAGAAAAAUAAAACAGGAUUAUCACACAUCAUCAAAGAAUCUGGCUAAACCUCUUCAAGGUCAUAUUUCAGUGGUUCCUGUAAUAGUUCUCCUGAUUUAAGAUUUCUGGUCUUUGUUACUGACUCUUCUAACUUGUUUAUCAGGGUUUGCCUAUCUAAAUGUUUAAUUUAUUGCAUCUCCUGUUUUUUGGUUUUUUUUUUUUUUUUAACGUUGAAGAAGCACUAGUCAGAUAGCCUUACAAAUAGCCUUACAGUGGUACCUAUUUUUCUCUAGUUUCAAAUUUUGAGUGAUUUAUUCAGUAAAAAAAAAAAAAAAAAAAAAGUGCUUUGCCUUAAUGCUUAAUCAUUAGGCUUCCUAGGGGAAACGAGCUCCAAAAUUCAGUCCUUUAUUUAAACUGUUUUCUUUUGCAGGUAUUUAUUGGCCACUUCCUUUAUGAGAAAGAUUAUUUAUAUGAAUGAUGCUGAAAAAAAAUACAUAUUUAGAACACCUGAACACUCUGAAACUGUGAUUCUGCAGUCACUUAAAGGUAACCUAGCUGAAGGCUACCACUGAAACGUACGUAAUCUCUGGUGUCUUCAAAUCCUCCUCCAAGCAGGAUCAUAUAUACAGCUACGACACCUGCCUUUCCAAAGUAUUACAGUCUUGCAGUCCAGAAAAGAUUAGGAAAUAAUAGUAUAUUCAGACAACCUUCUGCUGAAUAGCUGUUCAUGUUUAUCCUCAUUUCUGGCAAAACAAACCCUGAGGAUGGAGUAGGAUCUGCUCUAGGUUUCAUUUAGCACUAAGAAUUCCGAGCCAUCACUUACUCUCUCCAUAGCACACAUGAAGCUCUCAGACAGCUGGAAUAACAUAAGUCUAUUGUCACUCUACAUCUUAGCGUCCUUCAUUCUGACCAUCUACCCCAUCCUUAUUAAUUGUUUUUCUCGUAAUACUAUUUUUUGUACUUCAAUCAUGUACAGCCAAUCAUGACCUUUCCCUUUAGACCCCACUUAUCCUGGAUAAGUUUAACUCCUACCAUCUAUGUCCGUAAUAAGGUUUAGAUCCCUAUUCAUUUUUACUGUCUUCUCUAGUUACCUAGUUUAGCUAUCCUUUUCUGUGCCUACAGGUUCAGAAUGCCCUGUAAGAAUCCAGAUGUGGCUGUCUCAACUGAGGAAGUAUAUAUAUAUUGAAAAAUGUGUGUGUGUAUGUAUGUAUAUAAAUCAAAAAAGACUCCUACCCCUCAUAUAUCUGAGCAUGUUAGGCUGUGGAUUGCCAACAGCAAGAGUUGCCUUUUGGCUCCCACCAUCAGAUCAAAAUCAUAGUGGUCAAAUCAGACAAGUUACUAACCUGGUAUUGAAGGAAACAGACAACCCCGCACCCCAGCUCUUCCCCAGUGCUAGUUCACAACUGCACUCUCAGUGCUAGCCCAGAUCACUCCCACAGCCCUGAUCUACCCAUAUUUGCAGCAGGGAACUUUCCAUGAAGCUCUGGAGAAACUGCAGCUGAAGCAGCUGCACACUUGGGGCAAGAGAAUGCAGACCACCCCACCCCACAUGCUUACACUGCACCAGGAAGUCAGGCAGCAAAAAGGGAAGUAUGGCUUUCAAAAUACAGCCCUGCAUGCACACUGUCUGCACUGGAAGACUGACAGCAAGCAACAAAAAAGCACGGACCUAAAAUCCUGACCAGUUCUGCUGAUAGUCAUGAUGUGAUGCUAGGCACAGUAAUAGGCUGCUGGAAUAGCGGAGUCCUUACUCUUUGGAGGAAAGUUAGCAACUUUCCCAUUAUGAGUGGCAAUAAUAAAAUCCACCCCUUCCUCCCUCACGACAGUGUAACAUGGGCAAGCUCUGUACUGGCAAAAAGGCUUUUUGAACUGUCCAGUUGUCCCCACGCACCACAUACAGUUUCUCUUGAAAGACCGGUAAGGUCCAAGGAAGCCCCACAGCUACCUGGAAAAACAGAGCAAAAGAAAACAAAAGAUUGGGUAAUUUAAGAUUCAUUUUGCCUGUGGCACAUACUCCCUGUCUUUUUAUCCACUUUGUAAUGCUUCAUGUUUCCUCUAUUCUGCUGUAGGCUACCUAAAAAGACACUUGGGGAACCAAUCAAGUAAUUUAAGUCCUGAGCAGACCAGAGUAUUUAGCUGGAAGCAAGUGGAGAUGAGUCAGACUUAGAUUGUAAAGUAAAGACACAACGAGACAUCUAGUCUGACCAAUUCUGCAACACUAGCCACAUCCCAAACACUCUGCAUCAAACCUGUAACUUUCACCAUCAAAGGAGGACUCUAAUGAUGAAAAGGCCACCAUAUCUCUAUUUAAAUUGCUUUCUUGGUUAAUUAUGUUAUCCCUAAUAUAAUUCACUUCAAACAAUUCACUACCUUCCACAAAAAUUAGCUCCCACCACAACCCCUGCCUUUGAUAAAAGGAAAGUUCCUUCUGCUCUAAUACAUUUUACACCUUGUUUACUCCUGACCUGUUCUUGAGGAAGACGCUUGGAAUUUUCCACUUGUGAUGAAAUACUGCUGUAAGCUUAGUUUCUGGCUGCAGAAGAUGACUGCGUUGAGAUUCAAGAUUUAACAUAUUAAACAUGUAGUAUGUAUUUAUGUUAAUAAAAGCAUUACAUUAAUAAUACUGUACAAAGAUACCAUUAAAUUACAUAUUUAGUCUUUACAGACUAAACAUUUUUUUGGUUAAUUAUUGAGCCAUCACUACAUAUUUAACUAGCUAUAAGCUAUCCACAGCAUGCUUAGCUUUAUAAUCUACUGGAAAUAGUAUUUAAAUUCAGCGCUAAUCAAAGUCCACCUGUUAGCACAGACCUUUUGAUCAGCAGCAUGGAACUGAACCAGAGCCUUCUAUGAACAAGGGAAGGAUGGCUACUAACUUCAGCACUGCAAGAUCAAAGCCAACGGUGCUAAACAUCAAAUACAGCUUCCUAAAAGCCAGAAGGGCACAUAGCUUUCCUGUCCCAACUGUAUAUGGUAAUAUUUAUGUCAGCGAUGACCAACAAAUUCCUAGACUAAUUCCUCAGUUUUUAUUCAGACACUAGAAGCUUUGUCAAUAUAAAGGACAGUUUUAUUAUACUGAUACAUACAGUUCGGGCUCCCAAGUUACAUAUAAAGAUAGCUAGAGAAAGCAAAUGCAUACAUAUCAGAGGGGUACGUUAAAAAAAAAAAUUUCUUUAGAAAACUGGGCAAUGUAGUAGGGAACUUACUCACCCCUGUAAGGACAUAAUAGUUCUUCUUCCUGCAGUUCACACCUCAUUGUGACAAGCUGCUAAUGCACCAAAUACACGUUUAAAAAUCAGUUAAGAGACAUCUGUUGUAUGAUACUUAACAGCAAUUUUUUCUGAGUGAAGAUGAGUAAAAAUGCACGUGAAAUAAAACACCACCAAAACCAGAAAAUUAAAAGGAGAUUGCUAAAACCCAGCUUAUUAGAUAACGCCACAACUUUGAAAGCGGGCAGUGCUGAUUAAAAGGUUGCCUGGGUUAAGAGAGAAGUGAAGGGAAGCAAUGUAUAUUAAAUAGAGAAAGGUAAAACUGGCAUUGAUUGAACACUGACGAGUCAUAUGCAAAACCGAUAAACCCGGCAAGUAAUACCAACACCGAAGCGUACGGAUUUGCUGCUGUCCUGGAAGGGACCGCAGCCACCACGUUACUCAGCCACGCUCCUGCAUCAAGCCGCCGCCAACGCGCCCUCAGAGUAGCUCGGGCCAGGGUAUCCCUCACGGCGCCGUCCGGCCAGGUCGGCCACGCCCGGUGACUCGUCUAGCAACCCGGCGCCCGCCCAAACGUGGCCCCGUUCUCCUCCGCGCCCGGUGAGAAUCCGCCGAUCUCCUCCGCGCCCGGUGAGAAUCCGCCGAUCUCCUCCGCGCCCGGUGAGAAUCCGCCGAUCUCCUCCGCGCCCGGUGAGAAUCCGCCGAUCUCCUCCGCGCCCGGUGAGAAUCCGCCGAUCUCCUCCGCGCCCGGUGAGAAUCCGCCGAUCUCCUCCGCGCCCGGUGACAAUCCGCCGAUCUCCUCCGCGCCCGGUGACAAUCCGCCGAUCUCCUCCGCGCCCGGUGACAAUCCGCCGCCGCCCCUCCCUCAGGCCGAGCCGCGGGCCCCGGGCCUCGCGAGAGCCGCCCGCCGGCCUGCCCCUUCCCGACGGCUCUUGCGCACCUCCCAGCAGACCGCGCGGCGCCGCGCGGCAGGAUGAUCCACGAGCUGCUGCUGGCGCUGAGCGGAUACCCGGGGGCGGCCUUCACCUGGAGCAAGCGCGGCGGCCUGCAGGUGUCUCAGGAGCUGCCGUUCCUGCACCCCAGCGAGACCAGCGUCCUGAACCGGCUCUGCCGCCUCGGCACCGACUACAUCCGCUUCGCCGAAUUCGUGGAGCAGUACACGGGACACGUACAGCAGCAGGACCAUCAUCCAUCUCAGCAAAACCAGAGUGGAUUACAUGGCAUUUAUUUGCGAGCCUUCUGCACAGGUCUUGAUUCAGUGCUGCAGCCGUAUCGACAAGCACUACUUGACCUAGAACAAGAGUUUCUGGCCGACCCACAUCUUUCCAUCUCACAUGUUAAUUAUUCCUUGGACCAGUUUCAGUUACUAUUCCCCUCUGUGAUGGUCAUGGUGGAACAGAUCAAGACUCAGAAGAUUCAUGGAUGUCAGAUACUGGAGACAGUCCACAAACAUAGCUGUGGGGGGUUGCCUCCUGUUCGCAGUGCUCUUGAAAAGAUUCUGGCUGUGUGUCAUGGAGUCAUGUAUAAGCAGCUCUCUGCCUGGAUGCUGCACGGAUUGCUACUAGACCAACAUGAAGAGUUCUUCAUCAAACAGGGCCCCUCUUCUGGGAAUGUCCCUAGCCAACCUGAAGAAGAUGAUGACGACUUGGGAAUCGGGGGACUUACAGGAAAACAGCUACGAGAACUGCAGGACCUGCGCUUGAUUGAGGAGGAGAACAUGCUAGCUCCAUCUCUAAAACAGUUUUCUCUGCGAGUAGAAAUGCUGCCUUCAUAUAUUCCCGUGCGGGUUGCUGAGAAAAUCCUCUUUGUGGGAGAAUCUGUACAAAUGUUUGAGAAUCAAAAUGUUAACCUGACCAGAAAAGGCUCCAUCCUAAAAAACCAGGAGGACACUUUUGCAGCAGAGCUACAUCGACUCAAGCAGCAACCGCUCUUUAGUUUGGUGGACUUCGAAUCGGUGGUUGACUGGAUACGGAGCACUGUUGCUGAGCAUCUUUGGAAACUGAUGGUGGAGGAAUCAGAUUUACUAGGACAACUGAAGAUUAUAAAAGACUUUUACCUUUUGGGAAGAGGUGAGCUGUUUCAGGCCUUCAUUGACACUGCACAGCAAAUGUUAAAAACACCACCUACAGCUGUAACUGAACAUGAUGUCAACGUUGCAUUUCAGCAGUCUGCUCAUAAGGUACUGUUAGAUGAUGACAACCUUCUUCCUCUGCUUCACUUAACCAUUGAGUAUCAUGGAAAGGAGCAUAAAGAUACUUCUCAGACUCGUGAAGGGCCUUCCCGGGAGUUAUCUCCACGUGAAGCCCCCACAUCUGGAUGGGCAGCUCUGGGCCUGUCUUACAAAGUUCAAUGGCCAUUGCACAUUCUCUUUACUCCUGCUGUUCUGGAGAAGUACAAUGUUGUGUUCAAAUACUUGCUGAGUGUGCGGCGAGUCCAGGCUGAGCUACAACACUGCUGGGCUCUCCAGAUGCAACGCAAACACCUGAAAUCUAAUAGAACUGAUGCCAUCAAGUGGCGUCUGAGGGAUCACAUGGCUUUCCUUGUGGACAAUCUUCAGUAUUAUCUGCAGGUAGAUGUACUGGAAUCUCAGUUCUCACAGCUUCUGCAACAGAUAAAUGCCACGCGAGAUUUUGAGAGUAUACGACUGGCUCAUGAUCAUUUCUUAAGUAAUCUGUUGGCUCAGUCUUUCAUCCUCCUAAAACCUGUUUUUCACUGCUUAAAUGAAAUUCUGGAUCUUUGUCACAGUUUUUGUUCUCUGGUCAGUCAGAAUCUCGGCCCGUUAGAUGAACGGGGAGCUGCACAACUCAGUAUUUUGGUGAAGGGAUUCAGUCGUCAGUCGUCACUUCUCUUCAAGAUCCUCUCUAGUGUUCGCAACCAUCAGAUAAACUCUGACUUAGCUCAACUGCUGCUGCGCUUGGAUUAUAACAAAUACUACACCCAGGCUGGAGGAACCUUGGGCAGUUUUGGAGUUUAAGCACUAAGACCUUUUCUGCAAGCUGUGACCAACGACACCUCAAGCAGUGGAGACUGGCGCUCCUGGGAAGUCUGCACUCAACUGAAUUUUUCUUGGUAGCUGGCUCUUGCCUGGUGAACCACUGUUUCAGAAGGAAGUGGAAGGAAGUGCCACUUACAUGAGGCUGCCCAGUGACUGCAGAAAGCUACUCCAUUUUUUCUGAACUAGUAAAAACAUGCUUUCUGCAGCUCUGCCUAUACUUAUAAGUGAUUCUAGGGAGGCAGUCUGCCUCUUAAGCGAAAGAGCAGCAAGAAUUAUGUCAUCUCGACUCUUCGGCUGGACUGUGAUCCUUUGCAAGUUGGGAGUAUGGAGAAAGUCUAUUGUUCUUGACUAUGAAUGAAGUUUCGACUGUAUUCAGAAGUUCCACUUGUGCCGUAAACUGAUUUACCGUACACAAUGUCUCCUAAUGAAAUACGUACCUCCAGGUAAAUGAAACAACUGCACUGGCAGAGGUGAAGGCAGAGGGAAGGAGAAGGACAUAAGAUUUAAGAAUCUCCUCAUACAGUGCACUCUUCUAGCCUAUCAGUAUAGGUAGAGCCACCGCUAGUGAUGUCACACGCCUCCUCUAUAUCUUAAUAAAUUUUGUGUGCGCUAAAAUUACACAUGGACACGAGUUGCAGCUUUGCCCUAUUUAAAGUACAAAGCUCCUGCUGCUGGCAGGAGAGGGUGCUAGAGUUAAAGCUAAGGAGAGACUUAACUAUGCUACCAGCUCUGAAUGCACUGUUUUCAUUCACAACUAUUUGGAAUGCUACUAGUGACUAUCCUACUGAACCAAAAUAAAACCAUCUCGUCAUGCAA